GGCUUGUGGACGGAGGGAGAGCAGACACUGAGCUGAACACCGACUGAGCAAAGAGACAAAGACGCUGCAAGAGCAACCACUGUCAUCUGUCAACAUGAAGGCCGCACUCGCCACCAUCGCCGUCCUCGUCCUGGCUCUCAGCUGCACCUCUGAGGCCGUUCAGGUUGAAGAGAAUGGAUUGACUUUCUCUCUGGAAGCCGUCAAGAGGCUCCAGGAGCUGACAGAGAGCAGCGGUGCGACGGGGCGACAGAGCCCACGUCUCAGGGCGAGCCCCGUGUCUCUCUGUGCCGACCCCAUGCUCCCACAGGAGUUCCUGCCCCUCUGUAAGCAGAGAGGAGCAUCCGCAUCCCUCGCCAGACUAACCAUGGUUCCCAUGGACGUCUGUGAGAUCUGCGCCUUCGCUGCCUGCACCGGCUGCUAAACAAACCCAGCAUGCCACAACCAUCUUGCCCAGCUUAAGACUUGUGAUUUAUUUUUUUUUCCUCCCCCUCAAAACUAUUUCAGGGAAUUUCUAACAAAUGUUUGCCUGCAAUGAUGAGAUGAAGACUUUAUGUUCCCUGAACACAGAGGCUCUGACUCUGGCCCAUCGGGCACUUUUAAAGUUUUAAAGCCCCAAAAAGAAAAACAAUUUCAGACAAACUGAGGUAUAUUUUUUUGCAAACUGUUACUUUGUAGCAUAUUUACCACUAUAUUUUUCUGCUGACAUUUCUUUAUCAUGCAUUUUAUUUCUUUGGUUAGUUUGUUACAUUUCUAUCUUAUCAAGCUUUGUACUGUAUACAUAUUUAAAAGAGAACUUUCUUUUUUUUUUCAUGUUUCUUCUUUUUUAUUAACAUUGUUUUGAAUAAAAAGCUUUCAUUGAUA